CGUGGCUAAUUGAAAAUCGAAAAUGGACGGCGACGAGCAAAACCUGUGGCUAAAAGAUCCGACACCUGAGGCCACACAGAGCGCGGGAGAUCUCUGUCCGCUGAAGAAGAUGUUGAGGCGAAGGCCUUCGAAUGCCUCGGAAAAAGAGCAGGUGCAGGGGCAGAAGAAGAAGCUCACUCUGCAGAGGUCCAGCAGCUUCAAGGAUUUCAUGAAGCACAAGCCCACCUCUCCUGUGGUGUCAGAGAAGGAGUUCAGCCUGGAGGAGACUGUGCCAGAGGGUGUGACACCAGAGGAGGCGGUGAAAAGUGGCAGCAAACUGGGAAAGAAAUGGCGCAACGUCAUCUCACGUACCAUGACCCGAAAAACAUCCAAGAUGGUGCAGAAGGCUCUGGCUGAAGAGGGGGGUGAGAGCGGUGAGGAGCUGUCUCCGGUCUCUGCUGAUUUUGUUCCAGAUCUGAGUGCAGGACAGCGGACAUCCGUGUGCUCCUCAGGGUCAGAGGACACCAUGCUCAGCCCCAUCACCCGUCAGCUUUCAGGCAGUAGCGACAGACAGAGCCUGGACAGCGGAUACUGCCAGAGGGACAGCAUGAGACUGGAGGAGAACGGCGUCUCUUACAACGGACCCUUCUGUGGUCGAGCUCUGGUCCACACCGACUUCACUCCCAGCCCCUACGACGUGGAGUCGCUCAAACUCCAAAAAGGAGACAUCAUCCACAUCAUCGAGAAGCCCCCCGUGGGGACCUGGACAGGGAAGCUCAACAACAAAGUGGGCUCCUUCAAGUUCAUCUACGUCAACCUGCUGCCCGACGAGAGCCCCCCGAGCAGGAGGAGACGCUGCAACAGCAAGAACAACCGCUCCAAAUCCAAACCCAAAACCCUGGAGGAGGUCCUGGACAUCAUCGGCCUGACUGAGCUGAGUUCUUUGCUGUCCAUGCACGGUUUCCAGAGCCUGGAGGACUUCACAGGGCUGAAGGAGUCUCACCUUAACGAGCUGAACAUCACAGACCCAGACGAGCGCUCCAAGAUCCUGAGCGCCACCGAGCUGCUGAGAGACUCUGACGAUGAGUCGGAGCCAGAAGAGGAGGACAGAUCUGGGGAGGACGCCAAGGAGCCCAGGGACUCUGGUUGUUUCGAGAGCUCAGAGAACCUGGAGAGCGGGCGUGAGGAGCCAAAGACGGAGGAGGAGCUACAGGAUGGAGCAUCGGAGGAGCAGACGAACCAGGAGGCAGACAACCACGAGCAGCAAGAGGAGAACCAAACAGAGCAGCUGGAUGCUCUGCAGGAGGAGCUGCAGGAGCUGACGGUGGAUGAAGGAUCUUGAGAAGUGAUGGAGGAACACUCCUUUUAUUCCUGGUUUCUCAGGGACUCUGUGGAUGGAGGUGUUAGCCAUUACAAAUGUCUCUUCAUUAUAAAAGAGCGGACUGAUAGGAACACAGUGUAACGUUCACAUGCUGUACGAACACGAUGGUCUCCGUUUUCCACAGUUUGUUUGAACUGUUGAGUGAGCAGCUCAGUUUCUCUCCGUCUGCCGUGGCUGAGUGUGCUGUUUGAAUAAACGCCAUGUAUCAUUGUUUCAAACUGAGGAUAUCAUGUGAGGUGUCUGUAUAUGAUGGUACCAAUGAAGCAUUUAAAACUCGUCUUCUUCUUUAUGACCCUGUCCCAAAUGUUUUCGCGUUGUUCCGUCUGAUACAAAUAUGAAUGUAAAAUAUUUUCUCAUACUUGUCAUGUAACUUGAAUUUGUUACUUUCAGUGCCUUUUAUUUGUGUUAUGAGUUUCUCUUUUAUGAUUUAUGUCACGUGUCAUCAUGAGGAAGUUUUGUUGCUGUAAAUGUUAUUUGAAUAAAACAUAAUUCACUGA